UACAGCUAGGAAAGAAACGAAACCGCAUGUACGUAGAAAUUGUUAUAAAACAACAUAUGAAAAAUACGUUGAGGAUUAAUAUCUUAAUGUGUUAAUUAUUGUAUUAAAUAAUCGGUGAAUGUUAGUAAAACAAUCAUGAGAAGAAAAAGCAAGUUAAAACGUGAUCAUGAAGCUAAACCUACAAAUAAAAUACGCAAAGGGAAACCUAAGUUUUCGAAAACACUUUAUACACAAAAGUUUAAAGCACCUUUGAAGAAAACUCGAAGAAAUGAAUACGAUCCAAAUGAAGAGGCCAGGUUAGAAAAAAUCGUGUUUGGCGACACCAGUGACAUUAUAAAUAAUUUGGAAAGCGAUGAAGAAUCAAUUGAAAAUAAAACUAAUGUUACCGAAAUUGAAAACAUUGAUGGUUCUAAAAAACAUUCCAAAGAAGUGGCAUGGGUUGAUGAAGAUGAUGCCACUUGCUUAGUAAAAGAUGCUGCAAAAUUAAAAGAUCAGAAAAUUAAUACUGAUGCACCUGGAAAGUUAUAUAAAGAUUAUUUACAGCAUAAAUAUACACAACUUGUUGGUACUCCAAAGUGGGCUGAACUUAAGAGAGUAGACAAAGAAUCUGAUGAUUUGGAUGAUGAAAUAUUAAAGCAUAGUUGCUAUUUAGAAAAACCCAAAGUAAAAAACUUGCCAAAAGAUAUAAUAGAUAUAAAAACAUUAACUGCAAUCAAUAAGCAAACACAUACAGAAGGACCCAUUGUAUCUUCUGUUGAGUUUCAUCCAACUUCCACAGUUGCCUUAGUUGCUGGUUCAUCUGGGAUUUUGUCUCUUUUUCAAAUAGAUGGCAUUGAAAAUAAUAAACUAGCCACAAUGCAAUAUAAAAAGUUUCCAAUUAGUACUGCAAAAUUUUUGCAAGAGGGUACAGAAAUUUUAAUUGGCUCCCAAUACUAUCCAUAUUCUCAUUCUUACAAUUUAAUUAGUGGAAAAACAUACAAAAUACUGCUUCCACAUGGAAUGACUAAUAUGCAGAAAUGCGAAGUGUCUCCUGAUGGGAAAUUAUUAGCAGUUUGUGGACGAUCAGGCGAAAUUUAUUUAUUAACAAGUUCGUCCAAAGAACUUGUAAGUACCUUGAAAAUGAACACCAAAUGUAGGGCGGUAGUUUUCACUCCAGACAACAAAACUCUUAUUACACAUGGUGACGGUAGUGAAAUGUACAUUUGGGAUCUAAACAGUCGCGAGUGUAUCCAUCGGGCCAUAGAUGACGGAUGUCUAACUUGCGAGUCCAUUGCGGUGUCCCCGAGUGGUCAGUUCUUGGCAACAGGUAGUAGAGAAGGUGUAGUUAAUUUAUACGAAACUAAAACGGUUUUACAAGACCGAAUUCCUGUUCCUUUAAAAAUUGUUUUAAAUCUCGUAACGUCAAUUACUAGUUUAAAGUUUAAUCCUUAUUCUGAAAUAUUAGCAAUGGCUUCAAAUAAAAAGCAUAAUGCAUUCAAAAUGAUGCAUUUACCAUCAUUUACAAUUUUUUCAAACUAUCCAUCAUUUCAAACAAACUUAACGAUGCCGGAAACCAUUAAUUUCUCACCAAGUAGUGGUUAUUUAAGUAUUUCAAAUAGAUCGUUCAGUGCCUUUUUAUAUAGAUUAAAACAUUAUGGAAAUUAUUAGAUGUAGAUUAUUUGUAGAUUAAUUAUUUGGAAAAAUUUGAAACACGUUUCAGAUACUUUAUAGGUUUAUUUAUAUACAAAGUGCAUAUAACAGUUAUAAAUGACGUUUAUCAUUCUUUUGCCACUUUGGAUGUAGUGUAAACAUAUUUUAUUUAAUAUAUUCGCUGUAUUGUGGCAU